CUUGGUCAUACGAUAUCCCAACACGUUGACUAGACUCUCUUUCCUUGAAACCCCGCCACCACAUACAAACCAUUCAUUAUCCUUUUCAUUCUCAUGCUUCCUUUCUUUUCACUUUAACAUCAUUCUCUCUCUCUCUCUCUUGCAGAAUACUCAUCAUAAUUUUAGGUAAUUCAUUCUCCUUACUCUUAAAACUUCUAUUUCUAGCUGAGUUUGAUGAAAUUACAGUGAUUCUAUUCUAGCUUCAUAAUUUAGAUUUAGGUGAUGAAAACUAUUUUUGUUUUACUUUAUUAUCUAGAAUAUUCCAAAAUAACUUUGUCUUUCUCUAGUGGAUUUUUCUCUUUCAUUAUAGUCAGAGAUUCACAAAUCGGUUAUGUUAUUUUCUUGUCUAAUAUGUAGCUGUAGGAUACUACUCCUUUUGAUGAGAACUACUAGUGGUGAAAUAGUGGAGACUUUACCAAGAUCCUUUCAGGUACAUAGUAAAAUAUGCAUGGAAUUGAUGAGAAUAUUGGAUGAUAUCAUGAGGAUAUUUCCAGACAUAGAGGAAGCACGACCAAGAUGUUCAUCAGGAAUAGAAUCUCUGGUUUAUCUGAACAACGCGAUUGAGAAAGCCAAACUACUUCUACAACAUUGCUCCGAAUGUAGCAAACUCUAUCUGGCAGUGACAGGAGAUACAGUACUUUUAAGAUGCCAAAAAGCAAAAAAGUCAUUAGAACAAAGCUUAAUUCCCAUUCAGGGUAUGGUUCCAGUUGUGUUGGCUGUAGAGGUUUCUAGAAUAAUUGAUGAUCUUGAGUGUGCUACAUUUGUUUUGGACUCUGCUGAAGAAGAGGCUGGGAAAGUUUUAACAGAGUUGCUUCAGCAAGGUACUUCGAACUUGGAUUCAGUGGAAGAUUUUGAACUUAAAGCUCUUCAGUUUGCAGCACCGAGACUGAAUAUAACAUCACAAAGGGCCUUAUUAAUCGAGGGACGGUCUAUUAAGAAGUUGCUGGAUAAAAUUGGACCAAAUGACCAGAAAAAGAAAUCGAUCUUGAGAUAUCUUAUGCAUCUAUUGAAAAAACAUGGAAAAUCCAUGGUGGUGGGAGAACACGUGGAGAAGGCUUAUUCUCGUAGCAAAGAACCGACUGCAAAGGAUAAUAACUCUAGUCGGCAUUCGCUACGAAGCCAUCGUGUUGAGCCGGAUCCUAGUUCGAAAUAUGAUCAGUAUGGAACUCAAACCAGUGAGUUGGAUAAAGGGAUACCACCUGAGGAAUAUAAGUGUCCAAUAUCCUCAAGAUUGAUGUAUGAUCCUGUUAUCAUUGCUUCUGGAGUAACAUAUGAAAGAAUGUGGAUAAAAAAGUGGUUCAAUGAGGGUAAAACUACAUGUCCAAAAACAAAAGAUGAACUACCUCAUAUGACAUUGACUCCAAAUGUUGCCAUGAAGGACUUAAUAUCAAAGUGGUGCAAAAAUAAUGGUGUUUCCAUUCCUGAUCCAAGUAGACACACAGAAGAUUUUCAGAUGUUGGAUGCUUCAAUCACCUCCAUUAAGAGUUUAGGAAGUUAUUUCAAUGAUUUGAACUUGCCACUGGAUCUUAGUAUCAUGUCACUUGGAUCAUUGGAUACUAGUUUUAACUCAGAUACGUUGCGAGGUAAGACCAAUCCUGACUUGAAUUUGAUGAUGAGCAAGGCUAGUGAAGACUCUCACAAGCAUGGAGCUCAUGCACCAGAGAUACAUGAUACAGAUUUGAUGCUCUUGCCUAAACUUCAUGAUCUUCAAUGGGAUUCUCAAUGUAAGGUCAUUGAAGAUUUGAAAGAUCAUUUGAAAAGCAAUAGCCAAGCUAUUUCGUUCAUGUCAGCUGAAAACUUAGUUGAACCACUAGUCAGAUUUUUGAGCAAUGCAAAUGAUCUGCAGGAUGUAAAAGCGCUGAGAUCUGGAACUCAGCUUCUGUUGGAAUUUGUGAACAGCUGCAGAAAUGGUAUGGAUAAUUUAUGCGAGGAUACAUUCAUCAUGUUGGCAAGUCUUCUUAAUUCAGAAGUGAUAGGAGAAGUACUUGCCAUAAUGGAAGAACUGUCUGGGGAUGGAAAUAGCAGAGCCAAAAUUGCAGCAUCAAGUGCACUCACUUCUGUCAUAAAAUUACUUGAUUCUGAUAAUAAAGAGUUCCAACAUCGAGCUAUAAGAAUAUUAUACAAUUUUUCCUUCAAUAGUGAAGUUUGUCCACACAUGUUAUCUCUGAAUUGCAUCCAAAAAUUGCUUCCAUUUUUCAAAGAUCGAGCCGUUUUGAGAUACUGCAUAUACAUAUUGAAAAACAUAUGUGACACAGAAGAGGGUAUAAAUUCAAUUGCAGAAACAAAGGGAUGCAUAGCUUCUAUUGCUGAAAUACUUGAGACUGGAAGUAAUGAGGAGCAAGAACAUGCACUUUCUGUUCUUCUAUCUCUAUGUUCAUGCUCUAAAAGUGUUGAUUAUUGUAAGUUGAUUUUGGAUGAAGAGAUUAUUGCUCCUCUUUUCUAUAUCUCACAGAAUGGAAAUGAUAAAGGAAAAGAAAGUGCCUUGGAAUUGCUUCAUCUUUUGAGAGAUGUAAAGUAUGUUGAGAAUGAAAAUAACAGGUCCUCUCAACCAAUUACCAACACCACUUUUGAAGAUUCCAACAGUCACACAGAAGAAAAUAGAUCAUCAAAAAGAUCACAAUUUCUGAAGAAACUAGGAUUGUUCUCAAAACCUAGUUCACAUGCAUCAAAAACCAAAAAGUGAGCACGGAUUUCUCGAAGUCCCUGUGAUACUAUUGUGGGGAGUACAUACCACAUUGCUUGAUAAGAACCAUUUUGGAUUGAUGGGUAACAGAUAUAAUUUAUGUGUGGUGCCUCAAUCUUUAUAGAUGUGUAAUAUAUAAGUUUUGCCUUUGUUAGCCUUGAUAAUUAAUCUCAACUUGUAGCAUUUUUAGCACUAAAUAUUCAUUCACAAGGCACUGCUGCUUAAUUUUGCACUGUAACAGCAGGUUUUGUAAUAGCAAUGUAUAGCAGUGAUAUGUUUAUAGUAGGCACUGUAACAGUAGGGCUUGUUAAUUUGAUAGUAUAGUUGAUUGUUUUCCUUUUUCC